UUGAAACACUGUCACUCCGAGCUCAAGAAAAAUGAGCUCUAGUGUAAAAUUCAAUUCUUUCGACGAUAGAUAUGUCCACACAACUGAACAACCUACAAUCGUCGCUGUAUCGUCUGAUAUAGCGAAAAAAAAGAUAGCCCUGAUAUUUGGUGCCAUUGUCGUGGUUGGAGUAAUUGCGACUGUUGGGGUAAUUCUGGGUGUUGUCAUUCUGAAGAAAGAUGACAACCGCGGUAAUCCACCAGAUGCUUCUAUAAAUGAUGCAGUAGACGGAAAAUGGACUUACUGGGACUCGUGGUCUGACUGCAGUGUAACAUGCAACACAGGGACACAACGGCGCACCCGAACCUGCACGUCCCCUCCACCGAUGUAUGGGGGGAAAUCAUGUGUUGGAAUUUCUUUAGAAACACGACAAUGCGCUACCUGGAAUUGUCCUGAUUGUGCAAGAAUAUGUCCUGACGGUGGAAAUCUCAGUCCGAAUUGUGAAAUUUGUGAAUGUGUUUCAUCAACCAUCAUUGGAACGGUGAAUGACCGAACAAACUUUUCAGUAGCCGAAGUUGACAUAUUUCUCUCUUAUCGCCCAUGGAGUCCUAUUGCCACUACAAAUGUUCGUGGACGCUAUACUGUAUCAAACAUAUGUUUCAAUUCCACUUCUGUGUUUGUAAAGAAAGGAGGUUUUUCGACACAGAAUGUCACACCUCGGAGAUUGAAUAAUACGCACUGGGAAGCUAAUUUUGAAAUACGAAAACUAGAAAAACCAUGGAUUUCCAGAAAACCGGUCUCAAAAAUCCGAUUUGUAGGACUGUCAGCAACGUUUUGUUGCCAAGCGAACGGAUUUCCCAUGCCACAAGAUUUUCAAUGGUUUAAAGACGACAGCAUAUUAGCCGGAAGAGGAACAGAUGGCAAUUUGGUAUUCAACUCAGUUAAAAAAUCGGACAUUGGAACAUACUUUUGUAAAGUUACAACAGAGGCCGGAUCUGUUUCGUCAGAACGUGUCACUUUAGACGUUAGAGAUGCUUCUGUUGAUACCUGUAAUCCGGAACCGACAACGAAAGAGGAAAAUCUACCAAAUGGAUGUUUUUACAAUGAUAACGGAGACAGGAAAUCAGUAAUAGAUGUUGGACAUUGUCCAAAUACUAAAUGCAUCACCAAUACUCUAAUUGACAACGGGACAUGUGAAGAUUGGUGGCCGAACCAUUGCUGUGACGUAUCGCAAAUGCAAUCUAUCGAAGUAGAAUGUGAUGGCGGGUUUACAUAUUUGAUUACAAAAAUUGUCUCCUGCAAAUGUCGCGAAAAUGAAAUGUCAACAAUUAUAAAUGGAAUGGCGUAUGGUAUCCGCAACAGCUCUAGAGUACCCUUCAACAGAGGUGAGGUAAUGGUAGAUGGAGAGCUAAAGGGUAUUACUUCAGCCACAGGGUAUUUUUCGGUCACAAUAUCGGGGGAAGUUUCACGUGUGGUUUUGAAUUUGCGUAAUGAUAGAUCUGGUCAACUCUUGGAUACAACUAGAGUGAUAGAUGUUGCAUUUGGUACAACGACUUCUAUUGAUAUUCAUGUUCCUUUAAAACCCGAACCAAAAACAUUUAACACACGCCUUGGCUUUGAUAUACCUCUUGGAACGGAGAAAGGACAACCAUCAACGACAAGUCUAUCAAUUGCCGAGGACAGUAUUAUUGAUGGUGACGGUAAUGCUUUUGAGGGAACUGCAAAUGCUAGAGUCCAUUUUGUUGAUACCCGAAAUUUGGAUGACCUAAAUGAAAUGUAUGGGGAACUGAGAUUUACAGACGAGGAAGGAAAUGCUGUCGACUUAGAAACAUUUGGUAUGGUUCAGUUAUCCGUGGAAGACACCACUGGUUCACCUUUAUAUGUAAAUGGAAAAAUCAAAAUGUCGCUAGAUCCGACAUCCUUCAAUUUGUCAAACACAGGAGAAAAUUUGCAUUUAUAUAGUUUGGACAUAAACACGGGAAAGUGGGUUGAUAGGGGUUUAAUGUCCUAUAAUUCCUCGAGUGGAUCAAGUCGGAAGAGAAGAUCCAGUGGUGGGAAUAUUGAGGGGGUUAUUGCUGAUUCUAUUCCGAUUAUAGAUCAAACAGAAAUCGUGAAUAAUAUAGUACAGGUAAGAAACACGAGACUUGUAAGCUCCAUUAACAUCAACACAGAUAGGCCUCUGAUUUAUCGUCGCAUUACGGAAUACCGUAAUGUCAUUUCUCGCGACACAGUCACAAGAGAUGAUGCAUGCUUUGUAAGAGUGAAAGCAUACUCUGACUUUACAUUUCGCAACCCAGAAUAUGGUGUCCGAAUUACCGCAGCAACGAAAACGAAAAAUGGCGGCCCGUUCAGAGGCAGAAUGUCAUUGGUAACCAGUGCAAACAAUAACGGGAUUUUGUGUUUGCCAAUCUUUUGCAACUCUGAAGUUUACCUUAUGGCUGAGAAAGGGAGAACCUAUUAUGCUGGUGAUCGUCAUAUUUUACCUCCACAAGCAGUGUCAGUCAACAUUGCAAAUGGAACACAGAUAAGACUGGAUUCUGAUUAUAACAAUUACCUCAAUGGAGAAGGACCUGUUUUUGUCUACCAAAGACGAUCGAAAUGCAUCGCAGAGUCUACAUUUAUUUUUCAAUUUGCACCACUAUUGAAGGAGGGCAUCCGUGAUUCACUGUCAGGGGAUUCUAUCCAUAAUCAAUUAAAUUCAUGGUACACGGAACCUGCAAAUAGUCCCUUUAGACGAACGUGCUUUAUGAAAGUGAAAGUAGAUUCGAUAGAUCAUUCACUGGAGGCAACUGGUGUUAGUAUGAUGGAUCAUACCAGCAACAUAUACGUCGGACGUUUCAAAGCACCAUUAAUUUGGGACGAAACUACAAACAACAGAAGGGAAAAGGCGGCCUGUGUCGAGUUUCGUUGUCCUGGCAGACUUAUUGAUGGAACCACUACAAUUAAUGAUGUAGCAACUUUGUUAAGAGUGCAGAUUUUAAGCCAGGAAGGACACUUCUGCAAUAUCACAAACGUGGCUGCUGGUCUAAAUAUCGUACGUUUCCCGGGUCCACUUGGUGAAGGAUUUCAAUUUCGAGCGGAUCCAAACGACAAUUAUGGAUCUGGGAUGGGUGUAUACAUCCGGACAUUUCCUUUUUAUGCAGCUGAAGCGACCUGUCGGACUGGUUUAGAUUCACCAAACCUCAGCCCUAUUAUGAAACCGAACGUAAACCCUGCAGUGGAAUUUCAGUGCAUAGGAAUCUGAAUUAUUCUGACAUGAACAUGAAUGGACAUGCAUUGAUUUUAGAAAAAAUAUUCUGGUCGAUCUUAAAUAUUUGCGUCAUUUAAGAAUGGAUUAGAAUAUUUGUGUAUCGAAUUUUCAUAUUUCUAAAUUAUUCUUGACACCUUGUACAGGUGUUGUAUACUUGCAUCAUGUUCAAUACUAUCUAUGAUUAGAGUGAAUUGCUUAUGUAUUAAAGCUCAUAGUAAAAUGAA